AUGGUAUCAUCAUAUCCACGCCCUGAUUUCCAACGCAAAGGCCUGAACUGGGCCCCUCUCGACGGGACAUGGGACUUUAUCUUCGACGACACCAACAUUGGCCUAUCUGAAAAAUGGCAAAGCAAAGGUGUCCCACCACAAACAGCCGACAAACAGCCCAAACGCGAGAUUAAAGUCCCCUAUGCAUUCCAAACCCCAGCAUCUGGAAUCGGUCUCCUCGAGGCACACGAGUUAAUGUGGUAUGAGCGCCGUAUCGACGACAUCCGCACCGAUUCGGAAAAAGCCCAAGGAAACAGACUCCUUGUCCGCUUCGGCGCAGUGGACUUUGAGUGCUCCGUUUGGGUUGAUGGGCAGUUUAUCGGUGGUCAUCGUGGAGGUCAUGUCCCCUUUGACCUGGACGUGACGGAUGCCUUUGCAUCGGAUGCGAAAUCCGCGCGUCUGAGUAUGCGUGUUAGAGAUUCACCAAAUGAUCUUGCCCAGCCGCGAGGGAAACAGUAUUGGAAGCCUGUUUCGGAGAACAUUUUCUAUACGCCCAGCGGUGGGAUUUGGUUGUCUGUUUGGAUGGAGAGUGUACCUGCCAUGCGAUUGUGUUGUGGUAGUGGCGGGACUGUGCUUCGCUCAGACGAUAUCGAGCAUGGUGAACUCCAUGCAAAGAUUGCCGUAUCUGGUCGAUCACCGCAGGCUGGAUGCAGUGUUGAGGUUGAGGCUAGUCUUGGUGGAGUACCUGUUAGCAAGAACAAGGUCCCAUUGCCGAGUGAGAGGGACUGGGCUGCUCUGGACUUGAGCAUGAAAGUACCUCACAUGAAAGAGCUGCAGAAGAAAGAACCUUACAAUACCGAAGGAGCUUGGCAUAAUUCCGUGGCUCUCUGGGCCCCUGAACAUCCGAUUUUAUAUGAUCUGGUUCUACGUCUGUACGAUGCCUCAGGAAAAGUCGUUGACGAGAUCGAGAUAACAACUGGCAUGCGCAGUCUAUCCUGGCAAAGCGGCGACGGUACAUUCCGAUUAAACGGCAAACCGCUGUUCCAGAUGUUAUUCUUAGAUCAGGGCUAUUGGCCCGAGACAGGGAUGACACCUCCUUCAUCCGAGGCGCUCAAGGCUGAUAUCAUCAUGGCGAAAGACUUGGGUUUCAACGGGUGCCGCAAACACCAGAAGGUCGAAGACCCUCGGUUCCACUACUGGGCUGAUCGACUGGGGUAUCUUGUUUGGGGUGAAAUGGCCAAUGCGUACGAGUUUGGAAGUGAUUAUAUCGAGCGCAUGAAUGCUGAAUGGGCCGAGGCUGUGAAGAGGGAUAUCAAUCACCCGUGUGUUAUUACGUGGACGCCGAAUAAUGAGAGCUGGGCCUAUACGUCCUUGAAGGAUAACAUUGAUCAGCGGAAUCACAUUCGCUCGCUGUACUACCUAACCAAGACGUUGGAUCCCAGCCGACCCAUCAACGACAACUGUGGCUGGGAACAUGUUCUUACAGAUCUAACCACAUACCACGACUACGCCGACUCGCACGACCUGGCAGAGACAUGCUCCAAAAUGGAAGGCGGGAUCCUAGGCCAAAAGGCUGGUCGGGAGAUGUUCACAAAGCCCAUCUAUUCCGGCUUCUCAGGCCAUACCCUCCUCGACCCCGGUACACAACAUAAAGCCGGUGCACCUGUGAUCUGCACCGAAUUCGGUGGCGUAAAUAUCGCUCCUCCGAAGGAUAGCCAUGCUGGUGAACGUGACUGGGGAUAUACCACCGCCACAGACGUUGAGGAUUUCUUGAAGAGGUUUGAAAAGCUGGUGAUGGCCAUUGUCAAGGGUGGGCAUACCUGCGGUCUGGUGUAUACACAGCUGUGUGAUAUCGAGCAAGAGGUUAAUGGGCUGUAUACCUAUGAUCGGAAGGCGAAGGUUCCCGUUGAAAAAGUCAAGGCUAUUAUGGAUGCUGCUCAGGAUUAUUACUAUCAGCAUGUUCAGUCACAUGCUCCGAAGGGCUUCAGGAAGUUGUUGCAUUCUUUGCAUCGAUCGUGA